AUGACAGAUCUCUCUGAAUCGGCUGCCUGGAAGGCAUUGGAAGCUCACUAUGAAGCGACGAAAGAUACCCAGAUGAAGGAGCUCUUCAAGAGUGACCCGGAGCGUUUCAGCAAACUGUCGCUCAAGUUUGAAGACAUUUUGUUUGAUUAUUCCAAGAACCGCGUGACGGAGGAGACGAUGGACCUCUUGUACAAGCUGGCGGAACAGCAGAAUGUCAAGGGGCUUGCGGAAAAGAUGUUUUCGGGAGAAAAGAUUAAUGCUACUGAAGACCGCGCCGUCUUGCACGUGGCGCUGCGCAACCAGUCCAACAGUCCCAUUUUGGUCGAUGGCAAGGACGUCAUGCCCGAUGUCAAUGAAACGUUGGCGCGCAUCAAGGCAUUUACCGAGUCGGUGCGUAGUGGAGAAUGGAAAGGACAGACUGGAAAGUCCAUUGCGGCCGUUGUCAAUAUUGGAAUUGGAGGAUCCGAUUUGGGACCCGUCAUGGUCACGGAAGCCUUGAAGCCCUACACCAAGCGUGAUUUGGCCAUGCAUUUCUGCUCCAAUGUCGAUGGAACGCAUAUUGCAGAGAUUCUAAAGUUGUGCGAUCCAGAGACGACCCUCAUUUUGGUAGCAUCCAAGACGUUCACCACCCAAGAAACCAUGACCAACGCCAUGACGGCCAAAAAAUGGUUGUUGGAUCAUUUCAAGGGCGACGAGACGGCUGUCCCCAAACACUUUGCGGCUCUUUCCACCAAUGCCAAGGGAGUCUCGGAAUUCGGAAUUGAUACGAAUAAUAUGUUUGGAUUUUGGGACUGGGUCGGUGGUAGAUACUCGCUCUGGAGUGCCAUUGGAACCUCCAUUGCGCUCGCCAUUGGGUAUGAUAACUGGAUGGAGUUGCAUGCCGGUGCUCAUGCGGUCGACCAGCAUUUCUUGAACGCGCCGCCCAAGGAAAAUCUUCCCCUCACGUUGGCGUUGAUUGGAAUUUGGUACAACAACUUUUACAAGGCCGAGACCUUUGCCAUUUUGCCCUAUGACCAAUACAUGCACCGAUUCCCGGCCUACUUUCAACAGGGUGACAUGGAAUCCAACGGAAAAUACGUCAACAAGAGUGGUCAAAAGGUCUCGGUGCAAACUGGACCCAUUCUUUGGGGAGAGCCCGGAACCAAUGGUCAGCAUGCCUUUUACCAGCUCAUUCAUCAAGGUACCAAGUUGAUCCCUUGUGACUUUUUGGCUCCAACUCAAACCCAAAACGAUGUGCCCAAGGACUUGGGUGGCCCCACCGAUCACCACCCCAUCUUGCUCUCCAACUUUUUUGCCCAGACCGAAGCCAUGGCAUUUGGUAAAGAUGCCGACACUGUUCGCAAGGAGUUGGAAGGCAAAAUGGACGCAAAAGCCAUUGAUGACUUGGUCCCACACAAAGUGUUCGAAGGAAAUCGCCCCAGCAACUCGUUCUUGUUCAAGAAGCUCACCCCCAGGACACUUGGUAGCUUGAUUUCCAUGUACGAAAUGAAGAUCUUUGUCCAAGGUGCCAUCUGGGAUAUCAAUAGUUUUGACCAGUGGGGAGUCGAGCUCGGCAAGCAACUCGCCAAGGCCAUCCUACCAGAGCUUCAAGCCGACGGUAACGUGUCCAGCCACGACAGUUCCACCAACGGGCUCAUCAACUAUUACAAAGCCAACAAAUAA